AUGUCGCAGGUUCUGGCCAUGGCAAAGCGGCUUCAAGAGGCGGAGCAGACCAUUGCUGAACUUCGGGCUGGUGCCGGAGAAGCUACGCGGCGCUCCCAAAGCCGCGGACCUCAGCCACCCGUCGAAAUCAGCACCCAGUCCAUCGAGAUUGACCAGCUUCUCGAUCAACCUGCAGUCAAUUCUCCGCCCGAACAAAAUGCAUCAGUGGUUUCUUCGCCCAAAGAGGUGCCACCAGACCUGAGUGUCGACCAGGACGGCAAGAUAUGCUUCUAUGGGCCAACGUCGGCCGUCCACGAUCCACCGGCCUUGGAUCUCCCCCUUUCCCGAGCGUCAAAUCAGGAAGAAGCAACGCUGAAAGCUCAAGCCCGGACAGUGUUGGCCGCCAAGGCGAAUGAGGCAAGGGUAUGGGAGGCGUUCGCCUUGGGGCGUGCUGCUAUCCAAACCGACAUUCCCCGUGAAGUCAUCACCAAACUUCUAAACCUCCACUGGACAUGGAUCUCCCCGAUGUUUAUGUGGGUCUACCGGCCAGCCUUCAUCUUUGACAUGUCGACGGGCGGCCCGAACUACUCUGAAUUUCUCCUGCUUGUGCUGUGUGGUCAUGCCGCAAGGUUUUGUGACAUUCAACUAGCAGAGAGAGCUAUCAGUUUGUACACCGGGAGGAUGCCGGCUUUGACGGAUAUUCCGGAUAACGCCAGCUUCGAAUUCCUGGAUGACAGCUCUGAGUCGGAGCUCUGGUCUCCCUUCUGCGUUGACUCGCUGGCGAUGGCCAAGCUGGCGCCUGGCGAAUAUCCACCGCGGAAGGGUCACUACGUCUCGUGUUUUGCCAACUCUUGCAAGCUGGCUGUCAUCAUCGAUGAUAUCAUCAUCAGCCUGUAUUCACGGCGUGCUGUAUCGAAGUUCAACGCUUCCCUAGAUCGGAUUAAAGCAAAACUUGCUGCAUGGCGGGCUCAGUCACCAGCUCACCUGAGUUAUGAUGGAAACGAGCUUCCGGAAUAUGGUCCACCACCACACAUAAUAUCACAAAACCUCUUGUAUUAUGCCAGUGUAAUUCUCACGCACAGGCCGUUCUGCUCUGUCCCUACGCAUUACGAAGCGUGCGUUAGCGCUGCCAAGAGCAUGGAGAAACUACUUCUUCUGAUUGAGGGAACUUUCGGGUUUGAGAACAUUACCUACUUGAUGGCUUAUUGCGUGUACACCGGCGCGUCGGCUCUUCUACGAGAUGCCAGAAAUGGCAACGCCGAAGCGGCGACAAAGACUGUACCACUCGAUGACUCGCAGGGCAUGAGUUCUCCUACUGGACACAACUUUAUUCCGGCUUUCCCAUACUUCGGAGUCACUGGAGCUGACAGUUCCAAUCCGACUGCGGAACCAUUUGGUAUGAAUACUGCAACAUUCUCCAUGCUGGACUGCUUUCCGGAAGCGCAUAUGGAUUUCACAGAGUGGUACACACCUCCAAUGUAA